AUUUCUGAAUUACUCGCGCCACACUAAAUCGGUUUCCUUCUCCCUCGCCGUGAACCAACGCUGUCCGACUCUCUAGCGCCGUUCACGCCUCAAAAUUGGUCAUGCUAUAAUCUGCAGUUCACUCUUUCUAUGUUUUUUACCCUAUUCAAAUCAAAAGGGAGAAAUGUUCUAGUCAGGGGCCUGCAUUUUUGUAAGAAAUUCACAUCACCUAAUGCUGAAGAUAUUAUUUUCAAGGCUAUUUGUGUGAACAUAAGCCAGAAGAAAUGGAAAUUCUUGGACCAAGUUUCUUCAAGUCUCACAACUACUUUGCUCCCGCGUAUUUUUCAAGAGCUCCGCAGCUCUCCGUGUCUACUUUUAGAGUUCUACCAGCGAGUGGGGGGAGUAGGCACGGUUUCGUGCUCACUAGAAUCAUGUUGUAUUCUGAUUCAUGUGAUGGUAGAACGUAAGAACUUUGAUGAUGUGUUGUGCUUGAUGAAAGAAUUGAUGAUAUCCAAGGGCUAUUCACCUUUGGAUGUUUUAGAAGCAUUGAUUCAUAGCUCUGCUGGAGUAUCUCCGAGUUCCUCUGUUUUUGAUGCAUUAAUUAGGGCUUGCACGCAGAUUGGGGCAACUGAGGAUGCGUACGAGGUUAUCGAGAAAUCAAGGAUAGGAGGCAUUCGUGUGUCGAUUCAUGCUUGGAACAAUUUUUUGGGCCACCUAUUGAAGAUAGGUGAUGUUGCUGGCUUUUGGGAAAUUUACAGAAAAAUGGUUUCUUACGAGUAUUAUGAGAGUGUGAAUACUUAUAAUCUGCUAAUUUAUGCGCUUUGUAAAGAAGGCCACCUAUCCAAGGCUUUGUCGGUGUUUUAUAGGAUGAUAAAGGCUGGAUUUUUGCCUAAUAUUGUUGCAUUCAAUAUGCUUAUUGAUGGAGCUUGUAGAGCCGAUGACCUUGAUGUAGCGCAGAAGGUUAUUGGGAAUAUUGGAACAAUGUCAAGGGGGUGCGUCUCGGCUAAUGUAGUUACAUACAACUCUCUCAUCAAUGGUUACUGCAAGCAAGGUAAUCCUGAAAUGGCUGAAGAAAUUUUAGAUAAAAUGAUCGAGAUGGGUGUGAAGCCUAAUAUACAAACUUAUGCCACAGUGAUUGAUGGGUAUUCGAGAAAGGGGUGCUUGGAGGAGGGAUAUAGGCUGUGUGAUAGAAUGGUUGAAAAUAGUAUGAAUCCGGACACUGUCAUUUAUACCUCAUUUAUCCACUGGCUAUGGAUGGAAGGAGAUAUCAGUGGAGUUUCAUUGUUACUAUCAAACAUGAUGGAGAAUCGCGUAGACCCAGAUGAAGUCACGCAUUCUAUGAUGAUAAAUGGAUUAUGCAAGAAUGGUCAUGUCAAUGAAGCUCUAAAAGUUCAGAACUGGAUAAUAGAUAUGAACCUUGUUGAAGAUGCUUUCUCUCACAGUAUUGUCAUGAACUAUCUUUGCAGAAGCAAUGAUAUAUCUGGAGCAGAGCAACUCCUCUGCAGAAUGUUUGUUCGAGGCUUCCUUCCAGACACAGUCACAUAUGGUGCUAUGAUUGAUGGAUACUGCAAAGCAAGCAAAAUGGAAAGCGCCAUUCAGGCAUACACAGACAUGGUUAAGGUGUACAAGCCGAAUUUGGUAAUCCUCAAUUCCAUUUUGAAUGGUUUUUGCAAAGAAGACUCUAUGGACCUCUCCAUGUCUUUGCUAGAUGAGAUGAAGACGCUGAAUAUGUUUGAUACCAUAAGCUUCAACACGUUGUUGAGUUCCCACUGUCGUACAGGGAGACUCAAGGAAGCGUUUGAUUUGUUCACGAGUAUGAGAAGAACGGGCUUCUUGGUGAACACGGUCACAUAUAAUAUCAUGAUUAACUGCCUAUGCAGAUUCAGAUUGUUUGAUCAUGCCGGCCAGAUUUUGAGUCUCAUGCUCCAUCAAGGCUUAACCCCUGAUUCUAUUACCUAUACAACUCUGCUCACAAACCUCAGCAAUAAAAGCAGUUUUGAUGAAGUUGUCAAGAUGCACGAUUAUUUGUUACUCCAUGGGGUGCACGCGGAUAGGGCGACAUAUGAAGCCAUUGUUCGUCCACAGUUUGAGCGGAUGAAUGAUAGCUCGUGAGAUAUUUUGAUGUAAAGCAUACACUAAUAUGGAAAUUAUUCCUGCUUAAUUUUCUGUUGUCUGGUUUA